AUGAAGCUCACAAGUUUCCUCAACGCAUGUUUAGUCAUAGCGCUUCCGGUUAGAAUAUGUUCUGCAACAGCGCUGGAAGCCCAAGAUGCUCAAUUGAGGCAGACAGAAAUUCUAAAUUCGUGGAACGCAACGACGACAAAGUGCCAAGAUAGGACAGUGCCGUUAAUUGACAAGGCACUUUCGUAUAAAUUCAGCGUGGACAGCCUUGAGCGCGGCGUUUCCAGUGCACUUUCUACACUCCGUGCAUCGCUCCAAGGCAAAGACGAAUUUUGUGCCCUUGACAUCGUGCGCGUUGCUACUGAGCAAAUGCGUUGGAUGUCCCUCAGCGACGUAGACUUUUCUACCAAAAUCUCGUUCGCAGCGCAGUUUUCGCAGGUGAAAACCAUUUACUACAGUGUCCCCAUGCUGCGCCAGCUACACCGCUGUGUCUCCUACGCAGUGGCAUCAACAGCCGACAGUGUCCAAUGGAAGGGUUUCAUAGGCGAGGCAGCCAAGGCGUGGUAUCGGCUCAUAUCCAACAGUGCCUCCGGCCGGGAUCUAAGCCAAGCGGUCGAGCUGGUCCAAAAUUCAAGCAAGCUUCAAAAAAUAUUAGCGAAAGCGAGAGACGAGUGGGUGCUCGCCGCGCCACUCUGCGAAAGGCACCAGGAUGUGCACACCAAUCAUAUUAAUCUAGAAAAUGCUGCGUCGCGUGUGGCAGCCUUCCACGGACCGAAACCCGGCGACGCACCCUCUCUUCUCGCGUCCAAAGACGAGGAAGACAACCAUACAGUACAAGGUGGUUCAGUGACCCAUGCUGGUUCUAUGACACACGUGCCAGUUAACAGCAACGAAUCCUCGGGGGUGGUCUUGAGAAAGAUCUCUUCAUGGUCUGUGAUGGGCGCCGUAGUUGUCGUCCUCAGCGGCGUGGCCCUUUUCUGA